AUGCCGGCGCUUAUACCUUCCGAGAAGAUCUGGUCGGACCCGCUUCUAAUCAACCUUGUCCAUGAUGAGGUCCUCAACGUCGAUGACGGCUUAAAUCCCAAGGCGCAGGCUGCCCACCUUGCCCAAGCAUGCCCUGCCUACGCCUUUGCCGUGGCUCGCGCGAUCCGGGACCAGCUCCAUGCGAUGACUGCUCAGGCCGACUUCGCCGUUCAGCCCCCUCCCGUGUCCGUCGAGAUCACCUUUGUCACAGCGCCGAUCAACAGUCACGGCCUCGAUCGACGGAAUCCAUUACCAAAAGUCCUACCGUGA